ACUCACCGCCCAUUCCGCCGCUGCCAACUGACAUUCGCCUGUCUUCAAGCCGUCCAUGGAAUCUCUCAACCUCAACAACCUCGCAAGCUCUCUUCCGUCGUCCAGCUAUGCCAAUGCAGAGAAGGAGCUCACAAACAACUUCAGAGCUGCUGCUCUUAGCCUAACGACACUCUUCCGCUCCUCCAAGACUGCCUCCAAACGCGCAUACAAUGCCGGAUACGCCGCAGCAUGCCACGACCUCCUCAAUAUGAUUCAGCAGGGCGUCUCUACCGACGCCGACCCAUCCCGCGAAGUCACCAUCGGUCGCAUCAUGGACUACAUCGAGGCUCGUCUUGAGGCAAUUAGGGCCCGCGAGGAAGAGGAAGACGAGGAGGAAGAGAAGGAGCGUGUCGCCAAGGGUGGUCCCGCUCCCGUCCCCGGUCCGAGCGGUACCACAUCGUUCAAGCCUGUGGCGAAACCGUCCACUCCGACUGCUCCAUCUAUACCUCUACGACGAGACCAGCAGCCUGUCGCGCCUCCGACGCCGUAUACUCCAUCUACUAUGGAAGGGCAACGUCCCUAUGUUGCGCACGCUCUCGCGUCCCCUACCCCUUCCACGUUAUCCCUCCGUCCUGCUUCUACAACAGCUAUGCAGUCUCUGUCUCGCGCGCCUCUCUCCAAGUCGCGUUUGUCCGUGAACCCGAAGGACCUCUCCUCCCUGCCUCUACCUGCUGCUCCGAUGUCCUUCACGUUCCAGCCUCCAGCAGUCGCUGAAGUCUCCAUCAACCCUGACUCGGAACUGCUCUCCUUUCCUGCCGCAGCUGCGAGCACGCCGUUGAAGCGGAGGCGAGAAGCGAUGAGCGCCGAUUCCCCUGCUUCUGCGAACGCCGAUGGCGCUGCAGGUGGCAGCGCCGGGACGAGCACGAGCCGCCGGCGGACGCGGAGCUGGCGUGGGGACCAGGCGCAACAUCAGCACCGCGCCGACAAUCAUGGGGAGGCCAUGGAGGUUGAGGAGGAAGGGCCGCAGCGGAAGCGCGUCGCGCGCCGAUGAGGUACUCCUAUCCUUCAUCCUCCUUCCAGUCAUCUCUCUUCGGAUCUGUCGCGCUGCGGUCUUGAAGGUGAUGGGUGAAUAUUUGCACAAGGGUCAGUUGGGGGCAUCGUGGUGAUCUGGUGUCGGGUCGAGUAGGAGAAGGACCUCGGGUUGACUAGACGAAGCACGCGUGACACAUUAUGGUAUGCACUCCCUCCAUUUUCACAUUCGCAUUCGCCUUCCCAUUCGGGACCCUUUCGCACACAACUUAGUUUCGAGUAGCAUCUCCGCCCGUUCUGCGCAAUCUUUAACCCCCUCGACUCCGCAACGAGUAGUAGUACAUCAUACAGUUUGCAUCGCGUCAUGAUUGUAUCGUAUAGCCAUAUGUUUUGCGUGUUACUCUAUGUCCAAUCUUUCGGCGACCAUGACAGCAAUUGUACAACACGUUCAUCGCACCUCACACGCGGACGUCCUUCGGCUUGCGCCGCGGACUGCGAGGAGCAUCACCAGCGAGAGGCGGAGUAUUGCGACUGUGCGCACGGUGCUUCAGGCCGGUGCGCACUCGGGGAUUGUUGCUCUGUACUUCGAUGUUU